AUGGGCGACAACGCUGGGUUGUUCGCCGACGCAGCGUCGUCGCAGACUUCCUAUGGCGGCAUUGUCAACGAAAUGUUCGAUUCGACGUCUGCAGGCAAUGGCGUUGCUCAAACAAACGCUCCACCGCUUCCGAAAAAGCUCGACGGGGCUCCGCUUAUUCUGGGUUUGACGUUUUGCAUUUUUCUUUCUGUCCGUUCUGGCUAAAUGAGCAUUGGAAAGUUUGAGGCAACUGUUAAUUACUAGUAUCUUGGUUUUUUAGUAAGACAGCAGGGGAUAGCUUUUUAAUUCAGAGUUUCAUCAUCUUAUCAACUACAUGUUGGAAUUGGUGGCCAAAACAAUUUAAAAAAUUCUCUUUCGAAGUUUCAUUAGUUCUCUUUUUUCCAUUCCUGUCACCUCCCAAAAUUAGGCUAUAGUGAGAUAAUUUUUUAUUCAUUUUUUCAUCCUUUUUCUCUGAAACAAGAAAUUUAUGAAAAAGUUGAUCAUAGAAAACCGAAAAAGUAAAACAUAACCUCAUUUGAUGCGUGAAUGAGAUCUUUUUCAGCUUUGAAUAUUUCUUGCGCGUUCUAAAAACUGGUUGCCAAGCAAUUUACGUCGAAAAAUCAAGCCAAAACCUACUUCCUGUAGUCGCGUCAUGGAUUUCUGCAGAUGCGUUUCUUUUGAAAAAAAAAGACCUUUAUGGACAUGGAAACUCAUAAUCUCUUAUCAGCUUGGCGCUUCUUCUUAUCGAUUUGGCAGCGGCAGCGGCUCUGUUUCGAAAUAUGAUCAAGCGUUUAUUUAUACGGCAUUCGAGAGGAAUCUCUGAUUGCAAGUUUGUAAACGACGGCCUUACUCACUCUUUGCACCUCACUCACUGUUGACACAAAGUUUGUGGAGCCUGAAACGCGCGUGAGAAACGCGCAAAAUCUAACUGACGUGGGAGAGCGUGUGCUUAUAUUUAUGCUUGUCGUGCGCGAUAUCCCCCUCUUUUCAUUAGCUUCAUGUGAUAUUUUUGGAAUUAUACUUUUUCAGAUACUUUGAAGUUCGAUCAAAUUUUCGCUUUUCCCCAUUUCUGCAUCUUUUUUUUCAGUCGUUGUCCUCUCUUCGAAAAUAUUAUUCUCGCAAGUUUCAAUUUUCAUCUCACGACCAACCAGCGCCUCUGGAAGGCAAAAUUUAUUCAUUCUUUGUUUUUGUUUUUUCAUCGCGAAAUGAUGUUUCGAAAGCUCUGAAUAAAUUAAACGUGAUUAGUGCGCAAAAUGGACGGGUUAGGCCCAACGACGAGCACAAUGGAUCAUGAUAGGGUGCCUAUUCCAGAUGGACCUUAUGUAGGUCCACAAAUUUCCUUUGAUCGUAAGUUUUUUCAUGAGAUUAUUAGAAUAAAUAUAACUAAAAGAUGCUUUUUUCAGAGGAAGAGUCUCCGACGACGACGACUCGUGAGAUGAACGGUCGCCCCACAUCUCCAAGUAUUUUUUUCGCAUUUUCUUGAUUCGAAUAUUUUUUUUCUUUGAGGCAUCGAGUUCACAUCAGCGAGACCAGGCGGAUUGUCCACGAUUUCUGGCGUUUUCGCUCCGGUCGCCCUGAGCAUGUUCAGUAUAUUGCUGUUCAUGAGAAUGGGUCAGAACCUCGGAAGUUUCAACUUUUUGAAGGUUUUCUUCAGGUUUUGUCGUCGGACAGCUCGGAUUUCUGGUUACCAUCGUCCAACUGUUGAUGGCCUACGCAAUCGUGAUGCUGACGGUUUUGUCGCUCUGCGCCAUUUCUUCAAACGGCGCUUUGGAAGGCGGCGGCGUUUAUUGUGCGUUCUAAAGCUUCGUUUUUGAAAAUAGAAAAGUAUAAAGAAGUGUAUUUUUGAAAGCUUUUAUACAAAAAUAGUAUGACGGAAACGUUUUGAGGCUUUAAAAAAUCAAAUAUUAGUGGUGCUGAAAAAAUGGCUAACUGAAUCGAAUACGAAAAAAAAAACGAAAAAAAAAGUUAAAAUUCGGAAUUAAUAGGCUGCUUUAAUUUUUUUAUUGUAUUUUAUUAUCAUCUGAUCCUUGGAAUCACUAAUGGAAACCUGGCAAAUAAAAUGAAGAGCUCAAGGAAAAACUUCAAAUGUUUUUUUCGGAAGUAUAUAAUUCAUAAACGACUGAAAAACUUUUGAACUCUUGAGUUUUUAUAGAAAAAUGUUGAAAGGUUGUCUUUUUCUUUACUUCAAUGAACCAAAUAUUUUGCAGAUAUGAUCAGCAGGUCGCUGGGACCAGAGUUCGGAGGAGCCAUCGGAGUUCUUUUUUUCGUGGCCAACGUUUUCUCGUGCGCCCUCUACAUUUCUGGUUUCACAGAGGCGCUUCUAAACAACCUCGGCAACGGCCGUAAAUCUCUUUUGUUUUCCCGAAUCAGCUCCAAUGACUUUUUUGAAGAGUUUCCGGAUUCCUCUACUUGGAGAUUUUUCUACUGUGUUCUGGUUUCUGUGGUCCUUCUUGUUCUCUCUUUACUCGGAGCUGGGCUCUUCGCCAAAACUGCCCUCUUCACUUUCAUCCUCAUCUCUGUUUGUCCCGAAAUCUAUUCAUUUCCAAUCUACUGUUUAAGGUGUGCUAUUCGACGUGGAUUUUCUCGGUUCUGUUCAACGGUUCGAUGGAUGUGCCGAUUCCGAAGGUGUUUUUCUGAAUAUGUUAAUAAAAUUCGGAGAAGCAUAAUGGAAUAGAACUUUUUUCAAAUUUCUCAAAUAGAUAUAUUAAUUAAUGAAAUUUUAGGUGAAUACUCCUGCCUAUCGAUUACCAAACAAUGAAAGCGAUCCUGCCGCGGGAACCCAUGAAGAUUUCAACAGAACACUUUAUGCACCUUAUACAGGAUUCAGGUAUUUGAACACUCACAUUCCAACUUCACGGAAUAUGAUCGGUCAGAAGAUUCCAUAGUUUGAUGGAGAUAAAAACCUGAAAAUUUGAACGCAAAUCGCCUAUUUAUUUGCGUUUUGAUCAAUCUAGAACAUUCACAGCUGGUAGUUGAAUCUCACAAUGAGAAAUGAGAAUCGAAAAAUUUUUUUCAAGAAAAGUUCUUUCUGUUGAUUCUGUAAACGAUUUCAGAAACGAUUUUUUCUCAUCAUAAGGUUCAGUAAAAAUUUUUUUCUUUCUUUCACCUUGCAAGUUGAAAGUUUCUACAGCUGCGUUCAUUUGUUCUAUCCAAUUAUAAUUUAUCAAAAAGUUUUCAGCUUUCACACUCUCGGAGAGAACAUGUUGACCAACUACACGAUGGAUUAUACGACGGAAAAGCCGACGGAUUUCGCCCUCAUGUUCGCCAUCAUCUUCUCCGGCGUCACAGGUUUUUUUUUUCGAAUUUUAGAGAGUUCCGCGUAGAAAACUGUUCUGAGAUUUUUUUUUUCUUCCGAACCAAAACGAAAAAUUCGCGAAGACACACUAAAAAAAUUCACAAAAAUCUUGGUCUUUUGAGCUCUUUCCCUCAAUUUCAUAUUGGUAACCCUCUCAAUAUUUGAGGCUUGAUGGCCGGAGCGAACAUGUCGGGAGAUUUGGCGCGUCCCUCGGUUUCGAUUCCUCGCGGAACUGUUCAGGCGGUCUUCACCACCUUUCUGGCCUACGUCCUGACGGCAUUUCUGAUGGCUUCCACUUCCAGUCGAUACCUUUUGCAGAACGAUUACACGGUUCAAAUCUUUUUCCUUUUUUUUUUUCUUAGUUUCCAAUGUAUCUGCAGGUGAUGAUGGACACAAACUUCCAACGUUGGUUCAUUUUGAUUGGCAUCUUUUCCACCACUCUCUUUUCGUCGAUGAGCAACCUUAUCGGUUGGUUUUUCGCUUCGUUCAUCAUCUAAUAAUAUUCUCUUGUUUGGAGUAUAGUCGAAAUUUCUGAAAAUCCUUUUUAAGGGUUUGUAGAAUUUUUGAAAAAAAUUUCCGAGUUCUUUGUGAAUCGCGGUUCAAAUUUUUAACUUUAGAGAAGUAUUCUGAUAAUCUGCAAAUUAUUUUUACAAGAAGAAUUUUUUGAAAAUUGCUUCCAAAAGUUUUUGAAAUAAGUUCUAAGAUUUUCACGCAUCAAAAAGUUUAUGGGGUAUUUUUGUUUCUUAUUUUUUUUGAAAAAAAGUAUAUUUGCUUCUCAGCAAGCUCAAAGGAAGAAAAAAUAUGUAGAAAACUGUCCAAAUGCCCAAAAAAAAAGAGAAAUUGGGUUAUUUUCUCAAGAAAACUGCUUUUUCACAGGCUCUUCGCGCGUUCUCAACCGUCUUUCCCACGACAAACUCUUUGGCUGUCUGUUGCGUCCCGCAAAGAUCGAAAUCGGCGACCGUAACCCCGUCGUCUCAGUGGUCAUUUCAUGGAUCUGCGUCGUGGUAUUCCUCCAUUCAACUAUUCUGAUGCUAUUUGCCUCAGCUCGUGUUUCUCGUUGGAGCCAUGAACAAAAUCGCCAAACUCACCUCCAUUUUCUUCCUUUUGUCCUACAUGGGAGUCAACGUUGCCUGCCUCGCCUUGGAGCUUACGAGCGCCCCGAACUUCAGGUAUUCGAUGGAGAUUUUCGAGAGAAUGCAUCACGCUUUGGUGUUUGGAAAUAUGAGAAAUCUUUGCUCCUUAAGACCUACGUUCAAGUUCUUCUCGUGGCAGACGUGUGCUCUGGGGGUUCUGGCGACGGGAACGAUGAUGUUGGUGGUGGACGCGAGUAUGAGCGCGAUCGGCGUCGUCGUUCUGAUGGCCCUCAUCAUGGUCCUUCAUUACCAAGUGCGGCUCCUUCUCUUUCCACAGAGUAACCCCGGCUUUCAGGCGCCUAGCGUCUCUUCUGGCUCCAUCUCCCAGGCACUCAUCUAUCAUCAAGUGCGCAAGUACUUGCUGCUGCUCGACGUUCGCAAAGAACACGUCAAGUAGGCAUUUUAUUUGAUCUGGGUUUCGAAUUUCGUGCUUGGCGAAAUUUAUAGAAAACGAAGAAACAUUCAGAAUCAUACUUUUUUUUUAUUUUGAGCCAUCGUUUUGAUCAGAGCGAAACUGCAUUUCAAUUUUCCAUUUCUUCCAAAAUGGAAGAGGAGUUUGUACCAGAAUAAAUUUAACUCUUCCCCAUUGUGUGGAAAUCGGAAUUUUCGAAUUUGAGAUAUUGGCGGCCACAAAUUCUGCUACUGGUCUCGAGGCCGGCCUCUGCUUGUCCCCUGCUAGAUUUCGUGAACGAUCUGAAGAAGUCAGGCCUCUACGUCAUCGGUCAUGUUCGGAAAGGCGAACUUGACUCUCAGCAGGUCGUCGACCCUUUGCAACAGGUUUUUCAAGUUUUCCGGCCCCUUGAGCGGUUUUCUUGAGGUGUUUCCCUACUGGCUGUCUUUGGUCGACUAUCUCAAGCUCAAGGCUUUCGUCGAGCUGACACUGUCCAACAACAUCAGGCAGGGAAUCCAGCAGCUGAUGCGCCUCUCGGGCCUAGGCGCCAUGAAGCCCAACACAGUGGUUCUCGGUUUCCAUGAAGUCAACCCUUCCAACGUCACUCUCCAGGUAUUCUUGGACUUUCCGAACUAUUUCAAAAUCAUAUCUUGAGGAGUCUCAACUUCUCAAAGAUCUGCGUUAUUCCAAGAUUGAUCGAGCUGCUGUUGUCGAAUACUUCACGGCAGGAGACUACAUGCCAAAGGUUUAGAACAUAUUUCUCAGGGGAACUGAAUUGAUGAUUUGACAGGAACUGGAUGGGAAUUUGGAGAGACUUUCUUCCGAAGAGUACGUUUUAGUGCUGAAGGACGUCCUGCACAUGACCAAGAAUUUGUGUAUUGCUCGUCAUUUCCAGAAAAUGGAUAAGGCUUGUGUUUUUGAGGUCCCCGAGUGAUUUAUCUUUUUCAGGAAGCUCUUGCUCGUGGCUGGAACGGACAGAAACGCUAUAUCGACGUGUGGCCGGUGGAUCUGCAGAAGCCUGUCGAGGCCGGCCUCGGAUGGGACAACAGGUUUGGCAAUAUCAUCGAGAAACAAACAACAGUCAGUGAUUGAGAGUAUAACCAAGAAAAUCUUAAGGGUGACCUGGAUUUUUUUUUUCGUCUAAAUUUGUGUAUAAUUCCAAGGGAGUGUUAAAGUCUUUUCAUUGAUUCUUAAGUAUUCCAUGAGCUCUCAAAAUCAAAUAACUCUAUUAACGCAGUUUUUUGUAGAUUCUGAUGAAAAUAAUGGAUUAAACCGCAACUAAAAAGCAACUUCAGCUCAUUGUUCCUACUCCAACUGUCGUGCAUCCUUUCGAUGUCUUCUCGUUGGAGGUCUUACGCGAAGUUGCGCGUUUUCAUAUGUGUUAAUAGUUUGCAGGUCAUUGUAUCCCAGAAUGGCUUGAAUAAGUUGAAAUGUUGAAGGACAUGCAUCGACGAGAGCGGCAGCUGAAGAACAUGCUCGACACGUUGAGGAUCCAGGCGCAGUCGAUCGUCGUGCCAUGGGACCACGUCGUCUGUCACUUCUCUCCACAGGCCGCGUCGACGUCUUCUGGACAUGCGGCUGUGCCUGCCUGGUAUCUUAAUAGUGUUUGCUCAUGAAAUCAGGGAAGUAAUACUUUCUUUCUGAUAACCUGCAAAAAUUGAACCGCGCCAACAGACGGAAAAUAGAUCAACUGAGAAGGAAAUUUCACGAAAGAACGCUGGAAAAGUUUACAUUUAUGACCGUUAGUUAAGUAACACUUUGGUUUGAAAUAAAAUUUUUCUUUUUUAUAGCGUCAAUUGUACUUCUACGGUUCAUUGAAAAUAAUUCUUAGCGAAUCUCGAUAUGUCAUCGCACGUUAUAGGCGAUAUGUUGACGAAAAAUGCCUUUCUCAGGCUUAAAAUUUUUUAUUUUUAUUUUGUUUUGAUUUUCCCAGCGAAUAGCGAAAUAAAUGCUUUCAGGCCAUCUGUGGAACUGCCGACAGCCUACGUCUCCGCCUUCAACGAUAUGAUCAAACGUUAUUCCGAAGAGGCGGCAAUCACUCUACUGAAUUUGCCUUUGCCGCCCGAAGACGCGAAUCAAAACGCCGAAAAGUGAGGAAUGGCACUGAAAGUGUGUGUUAAAGGCGGCUCUUCAGAUAUUUGUCGGUGAUACGAAGUCUGACCGAUUCUCUCCCGCCGACGUUACUCGUCCACGGCGUCUCGUCCGUCAUUUCGACAGCCAUGUGA